AUGGACGCCGCCACCCUUCAGAUGAUGGCGGACCUGGGCGUCGCCCGCCGCGACGAGCUCUCCACCACCGAGAUCGAAACCAGAGGACGUCCAGCACGUGUCGACCCGCGGGAACAGGCGCGUAUCAGAGCGGAGGUCAAGGCUCGUCAAGAGGAAGCACAGAACAACGGAACUGCUGGCGUGGGCGGUUUUGAAUCGAGGAUAGGGAGAUGGAACAUCGCUGAGAGUUUCGACCGCGACGAAGUGGCCGAGCAUCUAGUCGACCGUUUCAGCGGACAGGGUCAUCGUGCGGAGCUCAGUCGCCGCCAGGGCACAGAUGAGCACCGCUUUCAAGCUGGGUCGGGAGAUGUCCGCAUCCGUGGUAGCGGUCCUAUGCGUGGCGGACUUGCCCGUGACAACCCAAUGCGUGGCGGUCUCGGACGUGGAGGACCUGAGCGUGAGCAGCCAAUGCGUGGUGGACCUGUGCGCUCCCCUGCGAUGCGCGGCGGUCCAUCGGGCGGACGUCAUACGCGUAGAGAUUCUGCACGCGGCGGCUCUGUUGGCGGUGCACCUGCCUUCCGCGAGCUCCUCUCAGCACCAGCCAGCAUGCUGAGGUCGAUCCAUGCUGAUCCGACUCCCUUCGCACCUGCUCGCCGCCGCAGCCCUCAGGGUCGCACACCGCCCACCCCAGCCCAUGCUGCCGCUGCUCGUCGUACGAGCCCGCAGCGUCGCCAACCGCGCCCAACAGCCCGAGUUGCUACCGCCAGCGAUUGGAGCACGUCUCCAUCCCAGUCUCCACCAGCCCGUGCAGCCGCUGUUCGUCGUCCAAGCCCGCAGCGUCGUCCACCCGCUCCACCAGCCCCGGCCAACCGCGCUACCCCUGCUCGCCGCCUCAGCCCGCAGCGUCGCCUACCACCUGCACCAACACCACGCCAGAGGGCCUCUGCUCCCUCCGACUCUCCGUGGAGAGGACAAGAGGCUCCGAGUGCCUCCGGCGAAAUCUCGCCCCCUAAGGCCGUGGUCGACAUCUGGCGUGCCCAAGCUCUCUGGCAUGCCGCAAAUCCAGGCCCGAAGUGCAACGCCCACUACGCCAUGUUUCCUGGUCGCGCCCAGUACCUUGGUGAGGCUCGCGAGAGGCUCAUCGGCGAAGCCCUGCACCUUCUCAAGAUCGGCAGCGCUCAUGUGAUUCAGAUCUAUGCGGAGACCCACCCGGAGCGCAAGUGGCUUCUGGAGUGCGCCGCGAAGGCUAAAGAGCAGAUCGAGAACAACGCCACCGAGGAGGAGAGAGAUCGUGCUUCCCAGGUGGAUUCCAAGCAUCGGAUAUUUCUCGACCGCGGGGCCGCUUUCUUCCAGCCAAGGCCACAGAGGGUCGUUGUGCAGCCGUCCUACCAGGCUAUGGUUGGUGUGAAGCUGGCGGAUGAUGGGCUGUACGAGGAGGACUUGAUCUCGUUCGAUUGA